AUGGCUCCAAAAUGGUUCCCUGCGUUGUUUACUGAAGAGGAACGACCCAUUGAGGGAGUAGAUGAUCAAAUUAAUGAAACCUGUCUGCUGGCCUUGGCUCUACUGCCUCUACGCUGCCUCUACUGCCGUCCCCCGCCCACCACGCUGCCUCUACUGCCGCCCACGCCUACCACGCUGCCUCUACUGCCGUCCCCCGCCCACCACGCUGCAUCUACUGCCGUCCCCCGCCCACCACGCUGCCUCUACUGCCGUCCACGCCCACCACGCUGCCUCUACUGCCGUCCACGCCCACCACGCUGCCUCUACUGCCGUCCCCCGCCCACCACGCUGCCUCUACUGCCGCCCACGCCCACCACGCUGCCUCUACUGCCGCCCCCCGCCUACCACGCUGCCUCUACUGCCGUCCCCCGCCCACCACGCUGCCUCUACUGCCGCCGUCCCCCGCCCACCACGCUGCCUCUACUGCCGUCCCCCGCCCACCACGCUGCCUCUACUGCCGUCCCCCGCCCACCACGCUGCCUCUACUGCCUUCCCCCGCCCACCACGCUGCCUCUACUGCCGUCCCCCGCCCACCACGCUGCCUCCGCGCCUCUACUGCCGUCCCCCGCCCACCACGCUGCCUCUACUGCCGUCCCCCGCCCACCACGCUGCCUCUACUGCCGUCCCCCGCCCACCACGCUGCCUCUACUGCCGUCCACGCCCCCGCCCACCACGCUGCCUCUACUGCCGUCCCCGCCCACCACGCUGCCUCUACUGCCGUCCCCCGCCCACCACGCUGCCUCUACUGCCGUCCCCCGCCCACCACGCUGCCUCUACUGCCGUCCCCCGCCCACCACGCCUGCCUCUACUGCCGUCCCCCGCCCACCACGCUGCCUCUACUGCCGUUCCCCCGCCCACCACUACUGCCGUCCCCCGCCCACCACGCUGCCUCUACUGCCGUCCCCCGCCCACCACGCUGCCUCUCCUGCCGUCCCCCGCCCACCACGCUGCCUCUACUGCCGUCCCCCGCCCACCACGCUGCCUCUACUGCCGUCCCCCGCCCACCACGCUGCCUCUACUGCCGUCCACGCUGCCUCUACUGCCGUCCCCCGCCCACCACGCUGCCUCUACUGCCGUCCCCCGCCCACCACCACGCUGCCUCUACUGCCGUGCCCACCACCGUCCCCCGCCCACCACGCUGCCUCUACUGCCGUCCCCCGCCCACCACGCUGCCUCUACUGCCGUCCCCCGCCCACCACGCUGCCUCUACUGCCGUCCCCCGCCCACCACGCUGCCUCUACUGCCGUCCCCCGCCCACCACGCUGCCUCUACUGCCGUCCCCCGCCCACCACGCUGCCUCUACUGCCGUCCCCCGCCCACCACGCUGCCUCUACUGCCGUCCCCCGCUACCACCACUGCCGUCCCCCGCCCACCACGCCUCUACUGCCGUCCCCCGCCCACCACGCUGCCUCUACUGCCGUCCCCCGCCCACCACGCUGCCUCUACUGCCGUCCCCCGCCCACCACGCUGCCUCCUCUACUGCUGCCCACCCUGCCUCUACUGCCGUCCCCCGCCCACCACGCUGCCUCUACUGCCGUCCCCCGCCCACCACGCUGCCUCUACUGCCUGCCUCUACUGCCGUCCUCCCCGCCCCCUCGCUGCCUGCCCCCCGCCCACCACGCUGCCUCUACUGCCGUCCCCCGCCCACCACGCUGCCUCUACUGCCGUCCCCCGCCCACCACGCUGCCUCUACUGCCGUCCCCCGCCCACCACGCUGCCUCUACUGCCGUGCCUCCCCGUCCCCCGCCCACCACGCUGCCUCUACUGCCGCCCACGCCCACCACGCUGCCUCUACUGCCGUCCACGCUGCCUCUACUGCCGUCCCCCGCCCACCACGCUGCCUCUACUGCCGCCCCCGCCUACCACGCUGCCUCUACUGCCGUCCCCCGCCCACCACGCUGCCUCUACUGCCGUCCCCCGCCCACCACGCUGCCUCUACUACCGUCCCCCGCCCACCACGCUGCCUCUACUGCCGUCCCCCGCCCACCACGCUGCCUCUACUGCCGUCCCCGCCCACCACGCUGCCUCUACUGCCGUCCCCCGCCCACCACGCUGCCUCUACUGCCGUCCACGCUGCCUCUACUGCCAUCCCCCGCCCACCACGCUGCCUCUACUGCCGUCCCACGCCCACCACGCUGUCUCUACUGCCGUCCCACGCCCACCACGCUGCCUCUACUGCCGUCCCCCGCCCACCACGCUGCCUCUACUGCCGUCCCCCGCCCACCACGCUGCCUCUACUGCCGUCCCCCGCCCACCACGCCGCCUCUACUCCCACCCUGGAGGUGGGUUGAGCAUAUGAGUGUGUGUUCGGGACAUGGAGGAGUGAGAGGAAGCUCUCGAGUGAGACAUGAUGCCUCCCAGGUGUUUGGUGUUCGUGCUGCUGCCUCUACACACCUCUUUUUGCAGGUGCAGCUACAGAGUGCCCUACAGAGGUCCCUACAGAGGCCCCUACAGAGGCCCGUAGAGGCCCCUACAGAGGCCCGUAGAGGCCCCUACAGAGGCCCGUAG